AUAGCGAGUCCUCCACAAUUCUUUCAUUAUUUUAGGUUAGGGAUACGGUUCGCCCUUCUCUACAUUUCAGGGUUCGAAUGAAAAUUAUCUUUCUGAUAACACGAUUUGAUGAUGGGUUUUAAACAAUGUUGAGGAAAGAGAGAGUAACACUCGGAUGGGACGUCGUUGGAUCUUUUCCUACUUCACAUUUUAUUUCAGCAAUAAUAUCAACAUGAGAGACCGAUGACAGGCUGUGCUGCUGUAUACACUGCUGUAUACAGUGUUUGUAGUUCAUGAUUUUCACCGACGUUUUCGCGAUCUCACCUGUCAAUCCUUGACCUUAAACAUUCUUUUUAUUGAUAAUAUGAUUAAAUUGCUGGAAUGAGUGAAAGGUGACUGAGAUUUCCCUGAAGGAUUCCAUGCGCUAAGCAGGAUCUAACGAUUAUUACAUCGGUUACUAGAAGCUGCGAAUCAUGAAAGAGAUGUUGGGAAACCAGACCUCCACGGGAUACAGUACUUCCUUUGUCAACAGUAACAAUAAGGAUGCAGGCACCAGUAGUAUUACAGGUGACAAUAAUUCAAGGAGGUACGCUAUGCUCAGCACGGAAUGGGUCUCUGCCAUCGGUGAGGAGCUAGGUAUACAUCCGCUGCCAGAUCCGCUGUUAAAGAGGCUAGCGGAGGAUGCUUCCUAUCGCCUAAGAGAAGUCCUGCACAAAUGUGUCACAAGACUGAGGCACAGUAAAAGGAAACGCUUAACGUCCACGGAUGUAAAUACGGUAAUCACUACCUUGUGUGACACGGACCCAGUGCUUGGUGCGUCAGAAUCCAUGCCGGAGUAUCACACGGAGGCUAAGGUGUACGUGCCUAAUGAAUCCAUCGUUAAUCUUACCCACCAGAUAAAGGAUCCAUUGAGUCUGCCUCAAACUAACGUGCCAUUUCUACAAGAAUCCGAGAUAUGCGACGUGAAACUCACAGAAGCACGCUACAAUUACGUGAAACGCGCGCUGAAAACCUUAUUCAACGGCUCGCAGAAGACGUUUCAGGUUUUACUUAAUGACUGUGCCACCAAUGCACACUUAGGUGACGAGGGUGUGAUAGAUAAAUUGAUGUCCAUUGCCAGGUCCAUGGUAAUCUCAAAUAACGCGCAGUACACACGCGUUUCCACGCGGACGUGUCAGUUGAUUAUCGCUAUCGCCAGCAACAGCGAAGCCGUCUAUCCGUAUCACUUAACUUCGGUAGAUAAACUGACCGAGCUGUUGUUGGAACUGCUGCUGGGUCAGAGUUUCAUAAAUCCGAAUAUGGAAGUGCUCUUUAAAGAGUGCGCGCUUAAACUGAUGCUUCGGUGGCCCUCCAUCGCCGACAAAUAUGUACCUACGCUGGAGAACGUCUUCUUCAAGAGCGAAACGAAGAACGUUGACCUGUACAAGAAGAGGACAGUGGUGGUGGAGUUGUUAGCGAGUAUCCAGCCCCUUGUAUUCUUCCAGUACGAGACCGAGCACUCGCUUUGCAUACAGAACAUCUUGAAUUAUUACGCUUCGCCUGGUUCGGUGAUUUGGCAGCGAAUAGCUUUGACCGUUUGCGCUCUCCUGCGAUCGCACUCUCAUUCCUUGGACCUCGCACCGUUGAUCGAGCAUUACGGGGAUUCCCUGUUGCCUUACUUGCCCGUCGAUUCCGACAGCAAUACGAGAAAACGAAGGGAUAAGAAAGUCGGCACGCUGCCAAUCAUUAUCAAGGGCAAGAUGAAGUACGUUAAAGUUCGUCCGUUGCUCAACAGCAGAACGUUGUGGGACCGGCAAACCGCAUUUCCGGACUCCACCCUGAGAGGACCGAGGCGAGAGAUAAGAUUCGCGUUCGCUGGUGGCCGCCCGGUUCCAGCCGGCAAUCUAAGACGCGUCAGUCUGAGGGCAAACUAUCAGAUUCUGAGGAGCGAUCUCCAGGCUACUCUCGCCUUAGUUGCUUCGCACAGGCUGCUGGUGAUCAAGGACAAAAAGAAAAGGUCCUACAAAAGGUCCGACUUCUACAAUUUGGCACACGUUUGUUUGUAGAUUAGAUUACUUCGUCAUUGGAAUAUCUCCUAGCAUCACAUGCACACGCGACACAAAUCAUGAGUACCGAAUCACAGAUUAUCCACUAAUUAGAACUUUUAUUAGAUGCUACAUCUAACGGCUUACAGCUUUCAAAUUCAGAGAAAUUGUUGUUACCGCGUCCUAAAAUUCUGUUGUCGCAGAAUUUUUAAUCUCCUGUCGCCCCGAUCGCUAUGGGGCUACUUUUCUAGCGGUCCGAAUCAGUUUCCAAGUUUCUGUAAAAGUUUUUGUCACUUUACGCAUAUUUUUUCAUUCAUAAAUUUUAAUUUAUAAACUAUUUAUACGCGAGCGAUACAUUUAACGGUACGAUAAUGUGUAUUAUAUAUAUAAAAUUCGAAAUCUUAUUUACACAGUACAAAUGUUCUUUCAAAGGCAAUCCCGUAGACCUUGCGGCAACUCCGUGUGUACCGAAUAGUGCGAGUUAGUUAAGCAUGUGACACGAGUGUGUACUUUUACUGGUAGCUGUAAAAUAAUAACGUUUUUUAAUUUUCUAA